GCUUUCAAGCUUGUCCGUUUAUUGUGUCGAAUAUUUUAGAGUUAUUACUUUUCGCGAGUUUUGGUUCAUUUGUACAAGUAGUUGCAGUGGACGAGGACGUCUCUACCGCCACUGUACUGUCAGCUCACACAAAUAACGAAUAUAUACAACACCUACCCACACUGAGACAUAGCUGCGCACGCGCCGGAGUUGUUUACUGCACACAUCAGCUGUUUCAGCAGAUACUUACAUCGUUACAGUAUCGCCGACGCGGACGGAGGACAUCGCGCAGCGCGGCCAUGUCGUCCUGACUGAGUGACAUACGAGCUCGCCAUGGCUCCGGACAUUGAACACUGCGAAACGCAGCGCCUGAAUGAGGAGCAAGCUGUACCUGUGCACCAUGGCAGGCGGAUCCUACCGGACGGCCAGCCGCCGGCUAGCGCCUGGGUCGAGACUGAGGACGAGCGGCCCGGAGACAACACCAGCAGCCCCGGCGAGAACAAGCGCCUGCUCCCCUCCGGCCCGCCGUCUAAGCACAAGUCCAGGCUGCAGGCCGGCCUCACGCUGGGAGUGCAUCCUCCCGUCAAGUACAAGUACCCUCCAGCCAACAAAUCCCAGAAAACUUUUCUGAAGACCAAGUCUGAUAAGAAGUCUGAAAGAAAGGCAAAUCUCAUAGCUUUAUUGAAGCCGCCGUACUUCAUAGUCUCCAUGAUUAUUGUAAAUGUAUUGAUUCACGAAUCGAUCAAGGAUGCUGACGUGCGCGCCUUGCUGCAGUGGAACCCGGACUCGUGGUGGCGCGAGCCCUGGCGGCUCGUCACCUACGGCUGCGUGCACGCCAGCCACCUGCACCUUGCACUCAACUCGCUCGUCGCGCUGGCUGUGGGCUGGCCGCUAGAGCGCGAGCAGGGCUGGUGGCGCGUGGUAGUGCUGUGGGUGGGCGGGCUGGUGGCCGGCGCGCUCGGCGCUGGUCUGCUGCAGGACAGGGUGCGCGUCGUCGGCGCUUCCGCAGCUGUGUACGCGCUGCUUACUGCGCAUAUUUCUAAUGUGUGCCUUAGACACGGGCACAUAUCGUUGUGGUGGUUCCGUCCCCUGAGCGUGCUGGUGCUGGGUGCGUCGGAGGUGUGCUGGGCGCUGGUGCGCACCCCGGCGCCGGCGCGGGCGGCCCCGCACGGCGAGCACAUGCACAGUCCCUACGAGUACGUCGCCUGGGCUGCACAUAUCCUCGGUGCAGUCGUCGGGGUGCCGCUCGCUUUCGUUGUGUUCACUGGUGAGAACAGUAGGAAAGCAUACGUGAUAGCGUGUCGCGUGAUAUCUGCCAUGGUCCUGGUGGCGGGGGUGGUGGUGGCCACCGUCUGCUACGCGCAGGUCGCCGCCGCCGAGUACAAUGAAGAGGACAUGACCUGAGCCUGGCCCGCGACACUGUGGCGAUUCGAUGUCAAGUGCAAUUCGUACUCAUCCGUCCGCUAUUCGUAGCUUAGAAUAGCUUUUGAUGGGAAUUUUACAAGUUUGUACCGUUUAUAAGUACCUACCUACAAGUGUAAGCUAAGGAGCCUGUACUCUGCAGUAGUGGUUGCGACCUACUCGUGGCCGCGUUUGUGGGAUGAUCGAUCUUUGUCUAUUCUAGUCUUAAGUGUUAUGUAGGUACAAACAUGUUCAUUUGAAAUAGUUUUAAGGAAAAUGUGAAGUUGUAUAUUCUAAAUUGUAACUCCGUGUCUUCCCACAGUUGGGUGACACACGCACCUACAGACAGACAGAGUUCUGGUACUGUACUCGAACAAACAUAUCUUAUAGUUAGUGGCGGCGCGGGGUUACUGCUGUUGUUGAUUUCUGUGAAAUCUCUCGUUCUGUUGUUUUGUAUCAAAACGUUGUACACGGCUAGUGAUAUGUUGUAAGCUUUGUACUUAGCUGUUAUUGUAAUGUAAGCAACUGUAACUGUAACAAGUGCAAUUGUAACGAACUACUUACUGUUGUCUACAGUUAUGUGACUCUCCUUAAAGUAAUCUUUAAACCUUUAUAUAUACGGUUACGGCUGUGAUAAUGUCAUGAAGAUAUUGAAUCUUACUCUGUAGCGAAUGCUCACACUCCAGCAAAUGAACCUACACCAAUCAGUUAAAAUCCCACAGUUGAUUGUCAACUUUAUAUUUAAGCAAUAACGUUGAAAUUGCAAUAAAGCAAGGUUUAGGUUGAUCAGCUGGUGUCUGUGCAAUACUAUAGCUGCUGGUGUCUGGGCUAUAGUCUAUGAACACAUAAUGUACUGGCUGUAGAGCGGCGCACCAGUCGCUGCAACCAAAGAGAUUACAGUUCUAGUCCAACCUGACUUAUGUUGUAUUUGUAUACGAGUAAAUAGAAAUACAUGCGACUUACACUGAA